CGCAACAUACAUACAUGAUCUACUGGUCGAUUUGAUACCCACGACUCUUCUUGUCCUCUUUAUGAACUUCUGUCUAUCACGCGUCAACAUUUUCGCUGUUUAAUUGCAUCAUCUCCCAUCACACGUCACAACAAUGCCAACACCAUCAUCAAAUCCGCCGGUCGAAGCCGCUUCGCCUCGGUCUUACAGUUUCUCGACAUGUCCUGACGAUGUUCAACAUCAGCCACGUCCUAACCGGCAGUCACGCGACGAUGAUCAAGUCCACGAUGCUGAUCUACCCGACUCCAAUCUUUCUGUCGAUGUCGGCUCGCCCCUUGCCGUCGACGCGCCGGCUGCGCCCGAAGGCCCAAGCGACGAUGCCACCAUGUACGAUGGACGUCCAUCUGAUGAACCGUCCUCAAGAUCUUCCACCAUGUCUCCUCGUCCUCAAACCGCUACUACGGCUGCCACGACUCCAAUGCCUAGCGGCCCAGGGUCUGAAAUAAAGGGAAGAGAGGCCGAGAUCGGCAGUCAGUUGAGUCGAGAGCCUUCAAAUAGCACGCAACGAGCAUCUGAAACCGAAUCAAUCCCUCGAGAAUCAUCCAGGCGGAGAGGGUCGCCGAACGGAGAGUCGGAUUGGGUUGAUAUCGAUGCGCAAGAGGAUGAGCUUUGGUCUCCAUCCAUGGGCUCUGACUUUUCAUGUAUGAGGACUAUCCCUUCGGCUCCUUCAUCUUACCUACGUCCGGGCAGCAAAUUCCAUGGCACGCAACAGUCAGAGAGGCAGGUCUACGAUGUGCAGGUCGAAAUUAAGCAUGUUGACAUGCGAGAGUCUUUUCUCUGUGGCUAUCUGCGUAUCCAAGGUCUAACUGAGGACCAUCCCACCCUCACAACAUAUUUUGAGGGCGAAAUCAUUGGUUCCAAGUACAGUUUCUACACACAACACGAGAACUGGGGCGCAAAUAGCAAGGUUGACUUGAGUCAUUGGGCCAAGUUCACAGCUUUCCGUCCUUUCCAAAAACAAGCUCGCAAGGGGCCUGUCACUAUCCGAGAUGCUGCCCAACGAGAAACCAUCUUUAUGCGCUGGAAAGAGCACUUUUUAGUUCCAGACCAUCGAGUUCGCACGAUAACGGGUGCCAGCUUCGAGGGGUUCUACUACAUUUGCUUCAACCAGGUCAAGGGUGAAGUAAGCGGUAUUUACUUCCACUCUAAAAGCGAAAAGUUCCAGCAAUUGGAGCUGAAGCAUGUCCCCGACCAGGGAUGCUUUGCCGCUACCGAAUUUCGUUAAACUUACGGCUACCUCAGUACAAAGCAUACUACAAGCUUGGAGCGCGGCGCCGCUACAAGCACAUCGCCAGUCAUCGCCUUGGUUUUGUUGCAGGACCGGUUUGGGAUAUCCAGCACUGUUAUAACAACAUAUAGAUGGGAAUACGGGAAGGGUUAGGGCCCGCUAUCAUGACAUCUUGACGUGCCUACGUAUGUUGCUUUUGUGGGUAAUCAGGAUUUGGGUUUUAUGGGCAGUUUAUCACAUGAAUGCGGAGCAUAGGAAGUCUUUGAUGGGAGCAAAGCGAAGUCUUUCCUGUAAGCGAGGUUUUAUUCUUCGGCCUCGAACUUUUUGAAAUAUCCACGUCGAAACGGGUUGAGUUCGUCUGCCGAUGUUCCGUUCAAUGU